AUGCCCCCAAAACCGAAUAUAACCGACGAGCAGUCCGCUCCGGACCUCGAAAUCGUCGGCAACAAGCUCACCAUACACCCUUCCGGCUUCACUGGCGGAUCAGACUCCCAGGAUGAUUCAAUCACCGAGCGGAAUUUGGUGAGUAAUAUGGCCAGCUUCCGCGCACAACCUCUCGAGUUCCUCCGCGAGGUGAGCCUGUACAUGUCCGGCAGCGGGUGGCGCGCCUACGACAACGAGAAUGUGGUCGGCCAGCCGGUCUUCUAUCCCGGAUUUAGCGAGCGCAUGAAGUCUUCGAUCCUGAAAAGUACCUUGCUCCAAGAUAAGAUUCGAGAACUGGCGUCUACCCGGCUCGGAGUGGAGGAGAAAGAUGGGCUUUUGGCGAUCAAAGAAGGGAAGAACCUGGACGAGAAACGAGCGCGCCGCCGACAUGAGCUCGAAAGCAGUCUCGGAGAGGUGGUGGAUACGAUGAUGGACAACAUGAUUUGCAAAAUGGAAAGCAAAGCUUUCAUCCGGGGCGCCUACUACAUGACGACCCAGCUUCUUACGCGGGCCUAUCACCAAGGCAUCCACGUGUCUAGUGAAGAGGUCCUCCGUCUUAGGUCGGUUGCAAAGAUUGCGGCCGAGAAGAACCAGUCGAUCGUGUUUUUGCCGUGCCACAAGUCCCAUGUGGACUAUGUGUCGAUGCACCUCAUUUGCUAUCGCUUGAAUAUGACUCUCCCCGUCGUCGUGGCAGGUGACAAUCUGAACAUUCCGCUCGUCGGACCAUUUUUGCAGCAUGCUGGUGCCAUGUGGAUCCGCCGGAGCUUUGGGAAUGACCCACUGUAUCACGCCGUCGUCCAAGCCUAUAUCGACACCCUUCUUCAGCAAGGCUUUAACUUUACAUGCUUCAUUGAAGGCGGCCGUUCCAGAACUGGAAAGCUGCUCUCGCCCAAGUUCGGUAUCUUGAACUUCAUUGUCGACAGCGUACUUUCGGGUCGUGUCCAAGAUACUAUCUUCUGCCCGGUGAGCACACAAUAUGACAAAGUCAUUGAAACCGAGUCAUAUAUCAGUGAGUUGCUAGGACAGCCGAAACAGAAAGAAACACUAUCCGAUUUCCUUUCCUCGUCCUCGGUUUUAUCCCUCAAGUUGGGACGAGUUGACGUCCGCUUCCAUGAACCAUGGAGCCUACGAGAGUUCCUUGGUCAGCAACUCACUCAACUGAAUCUGGCAGACAGCCUUGGGCCGAACGUCAAAUUGGCGCAGGCCGAACGUGGCCGAAUCCUCCGUACAUUGGGCUACCGUGUCUUGUCUGAGAUCAACGAUGUGUCCGUCAUGAUGCCGCCAGCGCUCGUUGGAACCGUGCUCUUGACUCUUCGCGGUCGUGGAGUUGGGAAGGGAGAGCUGAUUCGUCGCUUGGAUUGGCUGUGCGAGCGCGUGAAAGCCAAAGGUGGUCGAGUCGCUCAUUUCUACGGCUCUCCUACGGCGCAGGUGGUUGAUCGUGCUCUCGAGGUACUGGGACCGAAGCUGGUGGGAGAGAUCCCCGGCUUGGUAGAGCCCACAUACUAUGCUGUUGACCGCUUCCAGCUAUCAUUCUACCGCAACAUGCUCAUUCAUCUAUUCAUCACGGAAGCACUGGUCUCAGCAGCAAUGUAUACGAAGAUCAAGCAAGGAGGCGGGCCUACUCACCAACGGAUCACGUAUGUUGCUUUGAGGAACCAAGUUGCCUUCCUCUCGCAGCUCUUCCGUGGCGAGUUCAUCUUUCCGCCUGAGGGCCUGGCAACGAAUAUGGAGAAGACGCUACGCAGCUUAGAAGAAGACGACGUUAUCAAGGUCACUCGCGAUAACUCCGGCGCCCCCCAAUAUGUUGAACUGAGCGAUGCCGAACGCCUAUGUGGCCGUGAAAACUACGAUUUCUACUGCUUCCUGAUCUGGCCUUUCAUUGAGGCAUCCUGGCUUGGCGCCGUGUCGCUCCUCGGCCUCACACCCCCCCUUCACGGUGCGCAGGAAAUCUGGGUCGAUAUGAAGAAAGCGCAGGACAGCGCGCAACUUCUUGGCAAAACGCUAUACCACCAAGGUGACCUAUCAUACUUUGAGGCAGUGAACAAGGAGACCCUCAAGAACUCCUACCAGCGUUUCGAAGAAGAGGGUAUCAUCCUCGUCGCCAAAGACAAGGAGUCUCGCGCAGGUCCAGCUUUAAGGCUUGCGCCCGAUUGGUGUCCUGAACGCGACCCCAGUACGGGCCGGGUGAUGGAUCGCGGCCGCCUAUGGGACUUUGUGGAAUUAAUUGCGCAGUCGCGUCGCGAAGGGUCAGUUCAUUCCUCCUUCCAUUUGGUGCUGUUAGCAAUGGAAAUACUAAUUCCCAGUAGUAAAAACCGACGUGAUGGUGCUACCGUCUCCUCCCGCGUUCUACAAAUGUCGGAUGUGGUCGGUCAAGAGCUGUUCAAGACCGCUGCCGCGCCUCCACCGGCCGAUGUGUCCUCGAAGCAGAUGCGCCGUAAAGCUAUUGGAACAGAUGCAAAGCUUUAG